UGCGCAUGCGUAUAUGAUGGCAGACGCUCCAUUUUGGAUCUUCGGGGCUACAGGGGGCUAGCUGUUAGUGUUAGCUUAUCUCUCUGCCGGGUUUCUGUUUUCCCGCUUUGAUAUUUAAGUUGAGUGAACAGAGAGCCGCGUGGUGAACAGAUUAAAGUGUUUCUCUGAGAGAGGGAUGGACGGAGAGGAGGACGACUUCAUGUCCGGGAGACACUCCGAUGACGGAGGCGGCACUCCAGUUCAGGAUGAGCACCAAUCAGACGGCGAGGAGAUGAGGAGCGACAGACACCAAUCUGAGGACGAGGCGAGCCACGAUGGAGAUGCUCAGCAGGCCGUGGAGACUGGCGGGGCGGCGAGCGGCUCGGACAACGAGGAGCAGCGAGGGGCUGACAGCGACUCGGAGGUGGAGGCUCCUCGACCCGCCGACAGCGACGACGACGACUCCCCGGUCAAACGCCGGAUGAGCGAGUCAGACAACGAGGAGUCGUCGCCCGUCAAACGAAGCGGCGCUUCAGACAACGAGGAGGAAGGAGGCUCGUCUCCCGUCAGACGACGGGGGAGCAGCUCGGACGUCGAGGAGACGCCCAAAGCGGCCGCGGACAGCGACUCAGAGCACGAGGACGCCAAACCCGCCGUGUCUCCGGACCAUCGGUCCAACGCGGACAGUGACUCUGACACAGAGACGCACGCCAGACGGAAGGCGGCGCAGAUAGACUCUGAUAACGAAGAGGAGGAGAAACGACCGGAGGAGACGGAGGGAGGAGGAGGAGGAGGAGGAGGAGGAGGGAAGUGGAAGGCUGUGAUGCAGUCGGACAGCGAGGAGGGGGAGGGGGAGGGGGAGGGGAAGAGGAGGAAGGCUGCAGCAGGAAGUGAUGAAGAGCAGGAGGAGGAGCCAAAGAGGCAAAGAGACGACAGUGAGGACGAGGACGACAAGCCGGUGAAGAGGAAGAAGGCCAUCCUGUCCGACAGCGAGGAUGAGGACGAGGAGAAGGCGGACAAACCGGCAGUGAAGAGGAGUCGGGCGAUGUCCGAUGACGAGAACUCGGACAGCGAGGCGGCGUCGGGCGGCCCCGAUAAGAGCAUGGCGGCCAAACUGAGAGAGCUCGGCUCGGACAGCGGGAGCGACGACGACGAGAGGUCGAAAGCGGCGCCGGGGCAGAAGGACGAGAAGGCGCUGUUCGGUAGCGACAGCGAGUCUGGAGAAGGAGAAGAGGAGGAGAAAAUGAUCGCGGACAUCUUUGGAGAGUCUGGAGACGAGGAGGAGGAGGAGUUCACGGGCUUCAACCAGGAAGACCUGGAGGGCGACAAGAAGGAGGCCAAGGAGCAGCAGCAGGUGGAGGACGAGUCCGACUCGGACGAUGGAGUCGACCGCAGCGGCCAGGAUUUCAUGUCCGACUUCGACAUCAUGCUCGCUCGGAGGAAAGCCAUGAACAGCAAGAAGAGGCGGCACCGCGACGGAGGCACGUUCAUCAGCGACGCCGACGACGUGGUCAGCGCCAUGAUCAUGAAGAUGACCGAGGCCGCAGAGGAGGACAGAACUCUGAACAGUCAGAAGAAACCAGCGCUGAAGAAACUCACGCUGCUGCCGCACGUCGUCAUGCACCUGAAGAAACAGGACCUGAAGGAGACGUUCAUCGACAGCGGCGUGAUGUCGGCCAUCAAAGAGUGGAUCAGUCCUCUCCCCGACAAGUCGCUGCCUGCUCUCAGAAUCCGAGGAGAGCUGCUCCGGAUCCUGCAGGAGCUGCCCAGCGUCAGUCAGGAGACUCUGAAGCACAGCGGGAUCGGCCGAGCCGUCAUGUUCCUCUACAAACACCCCAAAGAGUCCCGCGCCAACAAAGACCUCGCCCUCAAGCUCAUCAACGAGUGGUCGCGGCCGAUCUUCGGCUUGACGUCGAACUACAAAGGCAUGACGAGAGAGGAGCGCCAGCAGAGAGACCUGGACCAGCAGAUGCCUCAGAGACGGAGACUCAGUCAGCCUCAGAAGGUGGAGAGGGCGGAGGAACCCGAUGUCUUCUCUCCACCCAUCAGUUCUGGAGGUCAGACGCCACGCAGAGACCUGGAGAAACAGCUGACCGGGGAGGAAAAAGCCCUGAGACCCGGUGACCCCGGGUUCUGCGCCCGGGCCCGGGUGCCGAUGCCUUCCAACAAAGACUACGUGGUCCGACCGAAGUGGAACGUGGAGAUGGAGUCAAGCAGGGGUCCCUUGAAGAAGGGAGUGUCCCGCGUAGAUAAACAGAUGCGUCGGUUUGCCGACGCUCGCCGCCUGACGAAGCCGGGUCACGCCGUGAAAAUCAGCGUGGAGGGAAACCGGAUGCCUCUCUGAUUUUUGUUUUAACCUCCAUAGGAUUUAUUUCUUGUUUAUUUUUUUUUUUCUUCUUUUAAAUGUGUUUAAAUGCUCCUGAACAAACCCAACGUUUACCUGCCCCCCCCUCGACCCCGCCCCCUCCUCAUGUCCGGCCCCGCCUCCUUUAAGCGCUGACCUCAGACUCAGUGUAAAGAUAUGUAAACAUUGAAGGAACUCGUCAGGUCUUUGGGUAAAAACAAAACAUGAUUUUUUUUUCUCCAGAAUGAUCCUUAAAGACGCUCUGAGACGCUAUCAACGUUAGCAUUUUGUUAAGAAGCUGUUAUGAUCUCUGACUGGCUGACAGAAGCUCCUGUUAGCAUCAUUAGCAUCGUUAGCAUCGUCAUCAGCUGAGCUUUCACUCCGCUCACUUUUCAAACCGUUCAGAGAAUCAAUGGAAACUCUCCGUCUUAUCACAGGAUUUCAGAUUCCAGUUAACUGACUUUGAUCCAGGAGGUGUCGCCCUUGAGCACCAAAACAAACUGCUGUUAGGCCACGCCUCCUCCAGAGACACACCUCCAACCCCCCCCCCCCCUCACGUUCACACAGGAAACAAAAUCGUCCUCAGCUCAAGCUGCUAUCUCCUGCAUUGUUGUGUUAGCAUGCUAAUGUUAGCGCUCUGUAGUUAGCUGUUCGGAGUCUAAACCCUCCACAGCGUUUCUCCUCACCGCCAUCUUUAAACUCCACAGGAGGUCGUUGUUUGAUUUAUUUGAUUUCAGGUAACGAGUGCCUCCAUGAAAGUUACACUUCA